GGAAUCACCCCCAAGUUGCGAUGGACGAGGCAUCCUCAGCAGGAUACCUUAGGUCAUCCUGAACCUGGGAUUUUUCUCUUCGACUUCAACACCACUACAUUUUGAGAAGGACAUAUUUGCGUCCAGUCGUUCUCACAUACUUCCUUUUCACACAAUGUCGGAAAGCAAAAAUAAAGACGGCCCCACCCCGGACUCCAAAAUUCGCACCGACGACUCGCGGCAGUAUUGGGAGAGCGUCGACGCAGACGAAAAUGGCAUGCUCGGCGGCUUUCAGGCUAUCUCCAAGGUCGACUUGAGGGGGUCGAGGGCUUUUCUGGCAAAGCUUGGGUUUGGGAAGACGAGCACGUUGAGGAAAGUUCGGAGGGCGGUGGAUGGCGGUGCCGGAAUUGGCCGCAUCACCAAAAACCUCCUGAUCGACGUGUCAGACACAGUCGACAUAGUGGAGCCCAUCGCCAAGUUCACGGCCGAGCUCAAGGACGUGUCGGGUGUGGGCCACGUCUUCAAUGUCGGGCUCGAGGAGUGGCAGCCCAUGGAGGGUGUGUCCUAUGACAUUAUUUGGAACCAGUGGGUUGUGGGCCACCUGACAGAUGCACAGCUCAUCAAGUAUCUGGAGCGGUGCAAGGAGGCGCUGAGCCGAGAUGAAGAGACCGGGAGGACGAUCGGGUUGAUUGUGCUCAAGGAGAACUUGACGAGGACGAACGAGGACUUGUUUGAUGAGACGGAUAGCUCGGUGACAAGACACGAUGGAAGCUUUAAACGACUAUUCGCCGCGGCUGGGUUGAAAAUAGUCAGGACCGAGUUGCAGAAUGGGCUCCCUAAGCAAAUAUUCCCAGUACGAAUGUACGCUCUUAGACCGAAGGAUUCGUAGCAGCUGGUCAGAUCUGACUAAAAUAAAACAAAUCAUCAAGACUUCAUUGCUUCAUCAUCUCAUAUCAAGGGCAAUUCAUCGCGCUUAUCUACGCCUACGCUCCUAAUCUGUACUCAAACGGCGCUGUCCCCUUGAUCCCCACGUCGAUCCUGUACAACCCACCACUGAGAUCCACUUCUUCGGGCGUGCCCUCACCCUCGGCCAUCCCCGCGGUCGUGAUGAACAACUCGCUUCCGACAAAUUC